CUUUACCAUUCCACCACACUGUAAACACCGUGCUCGUGUAGUAGUACCCAACACAGAGAAACAGUCGGAGAAGAGGCGCAGCAGAGGCUGAGGUUGGAAGCAGCAUUUACAAGGAAAUAAGGGGUUUUAUCAUUUUUGUUUCUUGGGAACAACAAGGUUCUGUUUCUCUGGAAGACCUGACGAUAUUAUAGGACAGCUUCAGACUCCAUUAACCUAAUUAUACUGUGGGUAGCCGUCUUGUACCUAUAAAGAACUGGACAGAUCUUACAAUUUGAUGCUCCCAGUUUUUAUACCUCACACAAAACUUGAACAGCCACCUAAACCUAAAGACGAUAUAUGGCUUCACCACAGCUCCUACGUGAAGUGGAUUCUGUUGACACACAGCUAGAUGUGCAUAUGGAACAGCAUGCCAGUGACCUCUCGAAUACAUUCAAUAGGAGCAGCCCGUCAGGCAACGAUGAAGGAAGUCAGCCCAAGCAAAGCACUUUACCCAACGGCCUGAGGAAAAGCAGCAGGAAGCACCAGGACUACAUUAAGAUCUCUGUGCCUGAACCAAAGAAGCGCCUGCCACUGGAAUGGUGGAAAACAGUCAUUGCCUUUGUCUACGCCCUCUUCAACCUGGUAUUAACCACGGUCAUGAUCACUGUGGUGCAUGAGAGGGUCCCGUCCAAAGAGAUCAGCCCACCCCUGCCCGAUAAGUUUUUUGAUUACGUUGGUCGAGUUGAAUGGGCUUUUUCGAUUUCAGAAAUAAAUGGGAUGAUUUUAGUAGGACUUUGGUGCUGUCAGUGGCUGUUCCUCCGAUACAAGUCAAUAGCAGCAAGAAGGUUUUUCUUCAUAAUGGGAACCCUUUACCUGUACAGGUGCAUGACCAUCUAUGUUACAACGUUACCUGUGCCCAGUAUGCACAUUAAAUGUGCUCCAAAGCUGCACGGAGACUUCCAAGCCAAGCUGCAGAGGAUCCUGAGAAUGAUUUCGGGCGGAGGCCUGUCCAUCACAGGCUCACACAUCUUGUGUGGUGACUUCCUCUACAGCGGACACACUGUCAUGCUCACACUGACCUACUUGUUCAUCAAGGAAUACUCACCCAGUCGUUUCUGGUGGUACCACUUGCUGUGCUGGCUGUUGAGUGCUGUGGGAGUGGUGUGCAUCCUGGUGGGACACGAACACUACACCGUGGAUGUGGUCAUUGCGUACUACAUCACCACCCGACUCUUCUGGUGGUACCACACCAUGGCCAAUAUACAGACACUGAGGUCCUCUCCUCAAAACUACCUUUCUCGGAGCUGGUGGAACCCAGUGUUCCGGUUCUUUGAGAAGAACGUGCAGACCAAGGUGCCUUGCUCCUUCUCUUGGCCAAUCAACUGGCCUCCCAGCUGCUUCAAGUCCUCCUGUAAAAAUUACUCCAUGGUUCAGAGCGCCAGGAGACAAUAAAGCACAUGUACACAUGCACACACACACACACAACUCUUGCUGUGGCGUGGAACACCUUGUUUUUUUUUUCACAAUACACUAAACAUUUUGAAAGAUACUAGACCAAAACACUGGCAGUUCAUGCCAAAGAAAUAUAGCAAAGCAGUGCUGAUAAUAUAUUGCCCAUUUUUUUUUCUUUUUAUAUUUACUGAAGAAAAAAUCUAUUUAUAUCAGAAUUUCUGUGAGCAAGUGCUUGAGAAUAUGUGUGAGACUGAGUCGGUGGGUGUCUAUAAAACUUAAAUAAUAUUUUUUUGUUAAACUCAAUUCCAUAUUGUUACAUAUUUUAAAGACAAAACAGACAAAAGGUUAAACUUGAACCUGAAAAUCUAAACAUGCCAUUUAUAUGUAUCUUUAAAGUGUUUUAAUGUGGUUGUACCUUAAAAAAAAUACUUUACUAUAAGUACUGAUCUAAAAUACAGAUCAAUAUAGGCCUCAAAAUGUACAGUUUCAACUAAACAUUAUAUCACAAAUAUGUACAGUAUUUUCAUUUUAAAAUAUGUAAUGCAAGUGGUGUCCAGUCAAAGUCCUGAAGGGCUAUUCCACUCCAGGUUUAAUGGGUACAAUUAUAUAAUUAACUAUUUCAGGGUUUGGAUUGAGGUUUAAUUGGUUAAUUUAAACAAUUUAGAACAGGGUUAGAACUAAGACCUGGGGCCGGUUGUACUAAACAGAACCGAUCCUGGAUCCAGGCUCCGAUCUUGAUCCUGUGACAUAUUGGGUUGCACUAAAAGGAUCAGAGCUGAUCUUGAGCUCAGUUUCGGCUCAAAAUCUGAUCCUAUUUCGAUCUUGCUUCAGACCAAGAUCAGAGUGGGAUCAAAGCUUCAUUGAACGUUUUAGAAAUGGAGAAAUUAAAUGUUUUUAGUUUUGAUCAAAGGAAUAAACAAAAUAAUGUAAUUCCUCCAUUUAAAACUCAGCUCUGAUCCCAAUCUGAUCCUGCUCUACGGUUGAUGGUUGCGAAUUAAACGUAUGAAACUGUAAUAUAUAUAUUAAACAACUGAGAUGUUUGACAGACACCAAAAGGAAACUAUUUUUACAAUUGCUAAAGUAAUCUUUAAAUAAGUAUUUAGAUCAUUGAUUGACAUAACGGUAACAAUAAACUUUUCAAAUAUUUGCAAGAUUUCACAAAAAUAUUUCCCUCAGAUUAUUAUAUGAAAACGGAGAUACUUUAACGUUUUAGAAAACAUUAACGUUAUCCAAGUAAUGGUGCAUUUAAAAGUAGCCAUAAAUACUUAUAUUUAAAAAAUAGCAAUGUAAACACGCAGUUAGGUCUAUAUCAUGCCCUAAAAUACAGUAGACCUGACUGAGUGACGAAGCCUCAUAAGUAAAUAUUAUUACACACGUUUUGUGUGUUGACAAAGUCAUACUGCCGUUAUUAUUUUAUCGAUUACAAUUAAAUCAUUGGUUUAAUCAGAUUUUUUUUUAUUUUUUAUGUUUUGGUCAAUUCUCUUUUUUUUCUUAAUGACCUUACCUUCUCUGGCAGCCUCAUCUCCCCCUAUCCACGACAUUUUUCUAGUGGCAGCUAUCAUCAGCCCUUGAAUGAAUUUACUCAAAAUGUUUGCCCUGAACCUAUGUUGCAGCUAGCUGUUUGUGUGCUUGGUAGCUAACUUACCGCUGUAAAGAAUACAGCAUUGUGAGUGUGUAAGUCAGAAACUAAACACAACCAUGAAAGGUAACAUGUAUUAGUAUGGACCGGAUUUAUGUCCUUUUAAAUGAAAUGUACUUGAUAUUCUGAAAUUCAGAAUCGUUAAGCGCUGCGCCACGAAUAUUCGCUUCUCAUUGGUCUAUUUACGGCACGUGCAGUGCCAGAAUCAGAUCAGUGGAGCCUUCUCGAGAUCCGGCUCCAGUGAGCCCGGAUCCGAUCCUGUUUUUUGAUCUCGUUAGUAUAACCGGCCCCAGGAGUGGAAGGUCAACUUUGGACACCACUGCAAUAGAUAAAAGAAGGUUCUCAGUUCUCAGCUUGCCUUCCAUAACAGGACACUUGCACUUCCUUGGUAAUUUCACCUCAGAAUUAUCUUCCUUACAAAAGCAUGAAGGUCAUUAGGGGAGGCAGCUGGUUGGUUACUAACAGGAAAGGAUGGGGACAAUUUCACUCUCCAUAUGACAUUACAAGUGCGAGACCAUCAGAAAGCAAGGCCUGCAAUCCGUUUUCUUUUACAUAUUGUAGUUCCAGAUAUAGCUUUUUUUUUUAAAUUAAACUACAUGUUUGCUAAAAAAAAAAAAGAUUUCUUGCAAAACUACACAUUUAAGGUUUAUAUAGUGAUGGAUGUGGAAAAUGUAUGGAAUUAUUUUGUUAGCUACAAUUACUUUAACAUCUGUUUCCCUUGCCUUUAUUAUUAACUUCAAUUCCUUUUCAGUGCCCAUUGUCUCUUAUUGUUUCAUUCAGCUUUCAAUUCUAAUAAGUUAUCAUAACUUUUAACAUCUUUGAAGCCUUUUUCACAGUAGAAAGCAAAGUGGCUUAGCAUAUCCUCAAUGCAGUUCUAACUGAAAUUGGAAACUCUGUCCCACAAAGAAAGAAUGUGUUCUGCUUCACAAAGCUGUCCAGCAUUGCAAGCUUUUUAUUUGGGGAUGGUCUUCAUUCCACUUAGAUACUGCUGAAACGCCUUAAUUAGAGCAUGUAUAGGAAGGCAAAAGUGUUCAUUGUGUUACAUUACACAGCUUCUAUUCCAUAGCCAUAUAAGAAAACAAAAACCAGCUACACAACCAUGGUUUGAAUUAUUUAGUUGUGUAGCAACUAUUUUGUAGAAAACAGAUUUUUUUUUAAAAGUUUUUUGUAACUUCAAAGUAAAAUGAUGUCCAAAGGUUUACGGUGGUUUACAUGAGAAAUAUUUUCUGUCUAAAGUAUUUACCAAUCUUAUUUUUGUGUUUGUUUUGUAAACAAUGGUUUUGGUUUUACACCCAAGUUAUGCAAUUCCAUAAGAUACAUGCAAACUUAUACAAGGAAGAAUGGAGUGUUAAAAAGAAGCAAAAACCAGAACACACUCUGAUUUAGCAGGUUUAGUUAUUUUACAGUGUUUCAAAUGUCACUUAACACUGAAAUGAAACACAUGCACCAUGAAAUGUAUUAUGUUUGAUUUGGUUUGGUUUCAAUGGUACUUGAAUAAUGGUAAAAGUGAAGGCAAGAAAUGGAAUGUUCUUUAGUUUGAAAAUAAGCUGGGACGUAACCAGUGCCCAUAUGAAUAUAUAUUUUUGAUGUAUCUUGUGGAAACCACAGUACCUUCUGGUUAAACAUAGUGGGGUCGAUUUUAAUGAUCUUAUCAGGGAUACAUCUUAAUACUUCUGUUCUUAAACAGAGAAAUCUGCCCUCACAUGUACUUCUUUCCACUGCAUUUUUUCUUUUUAAUUGAGUCUGUAAACCAACCUUGGGGAAGCAUUCGGAUCCUUUUUGUUUAUAUCAUUAAUUUAUACCCCAUUGGUUUCUAAUGAUUUGAACCGUUUACUAACAGAAACCAGAUAUGUCUCCUGAAUUACUUUGCAACUCCAGAGUCAAAUUACCACAUUUUUCUUUGUUGCUUUGAGUGGUAGUUUGGCUCUGGAGAUCUUAUAUAAAAAAAUGUAAGUUCUGGAAAAGUACUUAUCAAGUCAGUUCAUACUUGCCUGUCAGCUGGUUUCAGACCCUGAAUGUUACUAGUCUAUAUUAGUACUAAUCUGGGUCUUUGAAGCCAGCUGUGUAUGGUCUUCACAGGGAAAAAGCAUUUAUUUUAUGUAUUGACAACUCUUGUCUUUGGUAUUAAUCAAUAAACUAUGCAGCCAAGGUAAUAUGUUAUCAGUGUCUUCAUAUGACAUCCUUUUUGUCCAUUGAGGUUAAUUUCAGUUCUGUCUUGGAACCAAUGCACAAUCAACAGACAGCUACAGAAAACAUUAUUUUCUGUGAAGGCAAUAGUCACUUUGCAGAUAUAUUUAAAAUGUGUCACAUAAUUUAUGGCAAAAAAAGCACCAACUUGUUUUUCGUUUUGUUUUUUUAACACAGUUAAAGUAUUAAGACUGUUCUGGAUCGCAUUUGUAAUUGCUUGAUCCUGUGCAUUUUCCAAAAGGGAAACUUAAGUGUUUGACCACUUUUUUUUAAUGGCAAACAGAUGUAAAGUUUACAGGUCAAUUGAGAUGUUACAUUCAACAAUCAUCGUUAAUAUGUAUUGUAUUAUUAUUUUUUGUCUACAUGUAUAAAGUUAUAUAUGCUCAUUUAUAAAUAAUGUUUAUAUUAAAAACACUACAUGUAACUGUACAUCAGCUUUGAAUCCUGUGGAAACAUGUUUUUAUGUUUGUGUUAAAGGGUUUAGCAGUUGAUGACUACACUAGUGAGACUAUUUGUGAAUAUAUACAAUAAACACUUUCAAUGUAAUAUUUUAUUACAGUACUGUCAACAUUUUUUGACCCAAUUGUUAAGAAUAAAAUGUACUGU